AACAGCUACAGCAGCCUCAGCUAGCAGGCUCGAGCAAACAUUUUGGAGUCAGAGUGAAAAUUUGCUUGCGUUGGUUUUGUCUGACAGCGGGACGUUUUGGCAGGAUCUAGAAACAGUCGUGUCGUGGCAAUCGCACACCCAUUGAAACUAUGUAGAGAUGGAGUUCAUGAAACUGAUCGGAACUGUUUUGGCCGUUUGUUUCCAUCCCUGCUGCGCAUCGAGCGCGUUCGGUGAUCACAGGAUAUGCCGGAGAGGGACAGAGAAGCCCUGCUAUAAGAUCACAAGCUUCCAGGACAGCAGGCUCAGAGCAAGCUUUGAGGCAGCCAGACAGAAAUGCAGGGAGGAUGAUGGAGAGCUGCUCAGUAUUGAGACCGAGAAUGAGCAGCGUCUGGUGGAGAGAUUUGUGCAGGAGCUCAGGGCCUCUGAUGGAGACUUUUGGAUUGGGCUACGAAGGAGCUCACAAUAUAAUGCGGAUUGUUCAUCACAUUAUUACUGGUUGGAUUACAGUCAGGCCACAUUCAGGAACUGGCUGGUGACAGAGCCCUCGUGUGGCCUUGAUCAGUGUGUGGCCUUAUUCUACAGGCCCUCAUCUUCUUCUGGCCAGAAGGAGCACGACCUGUUCAAGUGGACUGACUACAACUGCAAUUCCAAGAAUAAUUUCAUCUGCAAGUACUCAGACGAGAAGCAUCCUGUCCCCACUCCGGCAGGAAAUAUCACAACACUCGCAGGUGCUGAUGACCUGACUCUGGUGCCAAAGCACCUGCCGCCCAUUACAGUGGACAAUGACAGGAUAAAAACUGAACUCUCUGAGUCAUCAGUUUCUAUUUCAGAUGACACUAAUAUUUACUACAUCCUCCUCGCCACACUGCCUGUAAUGCUGCUGUUGAUAUUGGUGGUGUCGGGGGUGUUCUGCUUCAGAGUCAUGUCAAGAAGGAGAAAAGAACAGAAUGAAAUCUAUGCCGUGCCAGGACAGUGGGUGCAUCCCGUAGCUCCAAAAAGUCAGAAGGAUUAUGAACGCACCGACAAAUUCAACCAGUCUGGAGCUCAUCUGGAGUACAUGAGCUCUGAAAUUAACAGAACAUUUAGCAUGACGUCUGCAAACAGUCAGUUUGAGGAAUACGAGAACGUCCUGAGCCGGCCCACGCAGUGUGGUUUUGUCACUAAUGACAUCUACGAGACCUGCCGGGGGUCCUCCGCAGUAGAGGCUGGAUGGGUGGACAAUGACAUCUAUGGAUACUAAAACACUAUACAGUGUAUACUGACUGGUAAAGUCUCUUCCACUAGUGUGUCUGGCUCUCCCACCAUGUUUGAUCUCAUCUCUAGUCUGUAUGUCUGCUCUUUGAUGUGCACUAUGUGACCUGGUGGGGAAGUCAUUGGGGGUCUAAUGCAGGGGUGUAUAGAUUCCCAUAACUGACUAUCCAAAGAAGCAUAAAGGUGUCAUCGGCUUGUGAGAGCUUCCUCUGUGGAAGCUGGCAUCCUGGAACAGGACCUUCCAUUUGGAAAUUCACAAAACAGUGAGUUGACCUCUCAGCCCAUCUCAACAACAUCCUUCUGUGUCUCUGAGAAUGGCCUCUCUAAAGGAUACCUACUGCUGUUCCCCUGUUUUUGAAGACUGUGUAGUUGCUUCAUAAGCUCUUUUGAGUAAAAACUGAAUUAAAGGAUUUGUAUAUAUAAAACAUUAUUGUAACAUAUUGAAUAUGUAUUUUGCUUUUAGAUAUCAAAUGAUGAGCAAAAAGAUAAAUAAUGAGGUUUUUUUUGCUGUAUUUUGGAUUGUAAAAG